AACGGUUCUUUAGGAAUUUCAAUCAUAUUCUUCUGUUUGGAGUUCUUGGGACAGUUAUUUCAUUCUGUCUCAUAUCUCUUGGUGCCUUCCUGCUCAUUAAUAGGAUUGGCGAAGUUAACCUGGACAUACAAGAUAUCCUAGCUAUUGGCGCCAUAUUGUCAGCAACUGACUCAGUUUGUACAUUGCAGGUGUAUUCUAAGCUUGGCUCAAACAAAAAUAAAUUUGUAAUACAAAAUUUAUAUAUUGAUUAUUUAAUGCAUUCGUUUUCCUUUUGUGGUGAAGGUUCUGAGUCAAGAUGAAACACCUUUGCUUUACAGCAUUGUCUUUGGCGAGGGAGUAGUAAAUGACGCUAUGUCUAUUGUUAUUUUCAAUUCAGUCCAAUCACUUAACUUCAGCAGCAUCAAUGCUGUUAAGGCCUUGGAAUUGUUGGGGACCUUCCUUUACCUCUUUUGUACUAGUACUAUCCUUGGCGUAGCAGUUGGCCUUUUAAGUGCUUAUCUUAUUAAAACAUUUUACUUUGGAAGGCACUCUACUGAUCGUGAAGUUGCACUUAUGAUGUUGAUGGCAUAUUUUUCAUAUAUGAUCGCUGAGCUUUUGGAACUCAGUGGUAUUUUGACUAUUUUCUUCUGUGGCAUUGUUAUGUCACACUACACAUGGCACAAUGUUACAGGAAACUCAAGGACAACAACAAAGCACUCCUUUGCAACCAUGUCCUUCAUUUCUGAAACCUUCAUUUUUCUAUAUGUUGGCAUGGAUGCUUUAGACAUUGACAAUUGGAAAGCAAGCAAAGCCAGCAUAGGAACUUCAAUUGCGGUCAGCUCAACGUUUCUUGCAUUGGUUUUGAUUGGAAGAGCAGCUUUUGUGUUCCCUAUUGCAAACAUUUCAAAUUACUUCGUGACAAGAGAGAGUGCCAAAAUUGAGUUUCGAUCUCAGUUCAUAAUAUGGUGGGCAGGACUAAUGAGAGGUGCAGUGACUAUUGCAUUGUCUUGCAACCAGGCAAGUACAUGCUGUAACUUCAUUCUUUUUCUGAAAUCUUUAUUGUAAGUUAGAAAUUUGAUCUGUUCUUCUCUCAAAUGCAGUUUUCACAUUCCGAGACAACAUCACAAGAAGACUCUGCAUUAAUGAUCACUUCAACAAUAACCCUCGUCUUAUUUAGUACUAUGGUAUUUGGUUCCAUAACAAAACCUCUAAUUGAGGCCGUGCUACUAAAGCAUUCAAAACAAACAACUUCUGAUUCCGCCGAUUAUCAUGAGGAGCUGGGAUUAUUAUUUCUUGAAAGUAAUGAUUCCAUAGAACAAAGCAACAAUCAGCCAUUCCUGAGGUGGAUGAUGCGUUAUCCUGCUACUACAGUUCACUACUUUUGGAGGCAAUUUGAUGAUAACUUUAUGAGACCCAUAUUUGGUGGCUGGGGUUUUGUUCCAGUUGUCCCUGGUACACCACUCACAGAAGAGGAGAUUUCUUGAAACACAAACAACAUCCUCCAAUUGUUCAUUUUCAUUUUCUGUUUGUAGUUUUAAAUAUUUUCCAGUUUUUUUUCAAAGUUCUCUACAGAAAAUAAAUUGAAAACAAGUUUGUAAACUCAAUAUUUAAUUCUUCCAAAUCUCUGUGAC